AUGGUUAACAACCGUAUGAAGGCGCUUCUGUACUUCAUCUUCGCAUUCGGCUUUUUUGUCUGUGGUGUCUCCAUCGUGCGACUGCUACAGCUCAUAAGCCAAACCGGCGGCCAGGACUUCACCUUCGACAUCAUCGGCGUAGCGAUAUGGACGCUCAUCGAGGUCAACACGGCCAUCGUCUGCGCAUGCAUCAUGACGCUGAAGCCCCUGAUCGCCAAGCUCUUCCCGAACCUGCUCGACCCGCGAACGAGCGCCGCGGACACUCCGCCGGGCGCUGUCGUGUCGCAAGGGGGCCGGCCCCUGACUAUUGGCUCCAAGCCGUUUAGGGUCAUUCGCGAAUCGUGGCUACUCGUGCAUGACCACCGAGUUGGAGUAGGGUUCGACAGCGAUGCUCCCAUAUUGAGAGGCUUGCGGGACGAGGAAGGAGGCGAGAGUGGCCAGGUGAGCUUGCAGGACAUCGAAGCACUGUACAACGACCACGAUUAUGAUAUCGACCUGCCAGCAGCUUUGCCAGCUGCCCGUAUUCAGGGCAAAGACGGUGUCGACAGCAGCUCGACUGAGCAGCUGACCUUGCCUGAGAGUCGUUCUGUGUAUCAUGCCAAAUAG